AUGCAACAAUGUAUCCAACCCCUUCCAGUUCCUAUAAUUGUUCUAGUUGGUGACAGAUGUUCAGGUAAAUCUAGCCUUAUUGCAUCCCUUAUCGGAAUCAAAAUUCCGCUAAAAGGCCACUUCUGCAUUCGAGUUCCUAUCCUUAUUAAGCUUCAAAAUCAUCAUAGUCGUAAACUUGAGGUUUCCCUUGAGUUUGAUGGGGAAACGAGGACACUGAGAAGUAGUAUCGAUGAUGAUGAUGAGUGGUAUGUAGCCUUAGAAAUAAGUCAGGCAACAAACACAAUUGCUGGAACAACAAAUGGAAUAUCUAACAACCCUUUGACUCUGAUCCUGAAGAAGAUUGGUUUUCCUAAUCUUACAAUUGUGGAUUUACCAGGGAUUCCUACCUUAGACGAAGCUAAUAAAGAGAUAUAUGAGCGAGUCCACCAGAUGAUUUUGAAUUAUAUAACCUCCGAGGACAGGAUUAUCUUGAAUGUAUUAUCAGCCAGUACUGAUUCAUUGCCUAAAACAUUUGAGUCAAUGAAUAUAUCUAAGAAAGUCGGCAAGAAAUGUGAAAGAACUCUAGUAGUUGUGACCAACGCUGAUAAUGCUCCUCAUAAGUUCCUUAAUGAGCUAGUACUUGGUAAAGUUACUGCGAUGGGAUUUAAUUAUGUCUGUGUCAGGAAUAACAUUGACUUGGAGUCAUUUAAAGAAUCUGAGAUUAUAGAGGCUACGCUUUUUGAAACGCAUGAAUUUCUAUCCAAGAUUAAAAAGUCUAUGGUUAGCAUUCCAGUUUUAGCUCGUAAACUGAUGAUAAUUCAAGUGAAGAUUACUUCAACAGAUAUCCAAAGGAAAAUCAAAGAUAGGCUUAAUGCGAAUGUCACUGAACUCAAAAAGUUACCAACUAAGAAGUCACAGCAGACAAUUCUUCCCGGAGGGAAUCAGUUCGAUGACAACAACGAGGAUUGUACUAUGUAUAAGAAGUCAUUGCAGACAAUGCUUGACCAGUAUUCUGUUCAGUUACAUUCAAGGAAUCUUGAAAAGAAAGAAGACUUCUUGAUAGAAGAGAUCAUGUAUAUAAAGGACAUAAUGGUGAAUGGACUUUCAAUUGAUUUCCUCAAUUUUCUGCACGAAAAAGUCGAUGGGAUUUCUAAAAUGACAGAGGAGUUUGUGUGCAAAAUGUGGAACUGCGUAGAAAGAGUUAUCAUCGAUGUUUUGAUGCAUCAUUUUGAUAGUCACCCACAACUUCAAGAUUCCACUAGAAGAGCUGUGCAAAACCUGAUUCCCAAUAAGAAGGAUGAAUCGAUUAAUUGGGUACGAGAAAUCAUUGGGAUGGAAAAAUUGGCUAUAGGUUACACCUGCAUUAAUCCAUGUUAUGUAGAUAGUUGUAAUAGACUCCUAGCUCAAGAAACAACAUUUAUGGAUAUUAUGAACAAAAAUCACUCGAUAAUAAACAUCGAAGGAAUUGGAGAAGUUGAUGUUGAACAUUUGAGAAAUCACUUAGAUGUAGCGCGACUAGCUUUUGAUUUGAAGAUGAAGACGACUGCACACUGGAAGAUAUUUUCGACGAGGCAGGUGGAUUUUAUGGCCUUGCAUGCGAUAUCUGCUGUUCGGAAAAUGGCUAUUAAUAAUGAGAUGGAAGAGUAUAUUGCUAAUUAUCUAACGACAAGUAAUGAGAUAGAAGAAGCGCCCGAAAUUUCAAAGAAAUGGCAAAGGCUUGAAGAGGGUGUAAAAUUGCUUGAGUCGUCGAAAGAUGAGGUGGUCAAGAUUGGAAGAAAGAUUACUGGUGAAACUUUAUAUCUAUUGGGUGCUACUAUUAGAACGGGAGGUUUUUCUUCAGAGUCAUCUCCAUUUGUAUAUUCUUUCGUCUCCUGGUGUAUGUCUCUCUAUUAA